GAUUUGUGGUCUUAUUCUAAGGUGGAUGGAGAAGCUACCCGCGCCCUGCCCUCCUCUCCCUCUCCUCGGGGGUUUGGCGGCUAGGUCACGCGGGACGAAGUUCGGGCAGGGUCCUCGGCCCCUGCCAUGGAUGAAGGUGUUUCCCGCAUCCGCCGGCGGGUGUCUGUCUGCAAAAGGGACCGUCCUAGCCUAGGGAGCGGUUUUGCCGCCCCCACCGCGGCCGAGCUCAAGCCGGGCGAUGAGGAGGGGGAAGAGGAAGAGGAGAUGAUGGCUGGGAGCCGGCGGAGGAAAACCGUGGAGGUGCAACCGGUCGAGAAUGACAGUGAAGAGGACAUGUUUGGUGACUAUGACAGCUUUGCUGAAAAUUCUUUUUUAGCUCAAGUUGAUGACCUGGAACAACAACAUAUGCAAGUUGCUGAACAUAGGAAACAUGCCUCAGACCUUAGCACUGAAGAUCUUUGUUCAGAAAGCAUCAAACACAACAAACUCAGCAUUACUACUGUGGGCAACUUUACUGAAUUAAAAAUGGAUGAGCACAUAAAGAACCAGAGUAGGCAUGAAGAUGUCUCCAUUGAACCUGAUAUUUUGUAUGAUGUACCUUCUUCACAGGUUUUAUACUUUGAAAAUUUGCAGAACUCUUCAGAUGAUUUGGGCAAUCAGUCUACUAAAGAGAGGGAUUGGAACGCAUCCUCUCACAAGACUGUGAAUGAGGAAUUACCCCAGAAUAACAUAGAACAACACCAGCAAAUUGAUGAUUCCUCUUCUAAAGUCAGAACUAGUUCAGAGGAAAAUAGGAGAAAAAGUCUUAAAGAACAUCUAAAAAGUGCCAUGACUGGAAAUGCCAAGGCCCAAACACCAAUAUUUUCUAGAACUAAACAGCUCAAAGAGACUCUCCUAUCUGAAGAAAUUAAUGUUGCUAAGAAAACAAUUGAGUCAUCAUCAGAUGACCUUGGUCCUUUUUAUUCAUUACCCAGCAAAGUGAGAGACCUUUAUGUUCAGUUCAAGGGAAUUGAAAAAUUAUAUGAAUGGCAACAUACUUGCUUAACAUUGAAUUCUGUGCAAGAAAGAAAAAACUUAAUAUAUUCCUUGCCAACAAGUGGUGGAAAAACCCUCGUGGCUGAGAUUUUAAUGCUGCAAGAAUUGCUUUGCCGGCGAAGAGAUGUUCUAAUGAUCCUACCAUAUGUGGCAAUUGUCCAAGAAAAGAUUUCAGGUUUGUCAAGUUUUGGUAUAGAGCUGGGUUUCUUUGUUGAAGAAUAUGCUGGAAGCAAAGGAAAAUUUCCUCCAAUUAAAAGAAGGGAAAAAAAAUCUCUAUAUAUUGCCACUAUUGAAAAAGGACAUAGUCUGGUGAACUCCUUGAUUGAAACUGGAAGGAUUGGCAGUCUGGGUCUGGUUGUUGUAGAUGAGUUGCACAUGAUUGGUGAAGGGAGCCGUGGGGCUAUACUGGAAAUGACCCUAGCAAAAAUCCUCUACACGAGCGAAACAACUCAAAUUAUUGGCAUGAGUGCAACACUGAACAAUGUUGAAGACCUACAAGAGUUCCUUCAAGCAGAGUAUUACACCAAUCAGUUUAGACCAGUUGAAUUAAAAGAAUAUUUGAAAAUAAACAAUGCAAUAUAUGAGGUUGACUGCAAAGCUGAGAACAGCAUGACUUUUUCACGUCUCCUUAAUUGUCAGUAUUCUGAUACUCUGAAAAAGAUGGAUCCUGAUCACUUGGUGGCAUUGGUGACAGAAGUUAUUCCCAAUUAUUCCUGCUUAGUUUUUUGUCCCACUAAGAAGAACUGUGAAAACGUAGCAGAAAUGAUAUGCAAAUUUUUAAGCAAGGAACAUCUGAAACACAGGGAGAAAGAAAAACUUGAAGUGAUUAAGAACUUGAAGAAUAUCAGCAGUGGCAACUUGUGUCCCGUUUUAAAGCGCACCAUCCCUUUUGGCGUUGCUUAUCACCAUAGUGGUUUAACGAGUGAUGAAAGGAAGCUCUUGGAGGAAGCCUAUUCCACAGGAGUUCUGUGCCUUUUUACCUGCACAUCCACCCUAGCAGCAGGUGUUAAUCUACCAGCUCGAAGAGUUAUUUUAAGAGCUCCCUAUGUUGCUAAGGAAUUUUUAAAGAGGAAUCAAUAUAAGCAGAUGAUUGGCAGAGCUGGCCGUGCUGGAAUAGAUUCUAUUGGGGAGAGUAUCCUUAUACUGCAAGAAAAAGACAAGCAACAGGUAUUGGAGUUAAUAAGCAGACCACUGGAAAAUUGUUAUAGCCAUCUUGUUCAAGAAUUCACCAAGGGAAUCCAAACUUUGUUUCUCUCUUUGAUUGGUUUGAAGAUUGCAACAAAUCUUGAUGACAUAUAUCACUUUAUGUGUGGUACAUUUUUUGGUGUUCAGCAAAAGAUUUUGUUGAAAGAAAAAAGUCUGUGGGAAAUAACUGUGGAAUCACUUAGAUACCUGACAGAAAAAGGACUUCUACAAAAAGACACUAUUAAUAAGUCUGAAGAAGAGAUCCAGUAUAGUUUUCAUAUUACAAAACUGGGACGAGCUUCUUUUAAGGGAACUAUAGAUUUGGCUUAUUGUGACAUUCUGUACAGAGACUUGAAGAAAGGUCUCGAAGGACUUGUGCUCGAAAGCCUUCUUCACCUAAUUUACCUAACAACUCCCUAUGAUAUGGCUUCUCAAUGUGUCCCUGACUGGAUGAUAUACUUCAGGCAGUUUAGCCAGCUCAGUCCAGCAGAACAAAAUGUAGCUGCUCUUCUUGGAGUCUCUGAAAACUUUAUUGGGAAGAAAGCAUCAGGUCAAGCUAUAAAAAAGAAGGUGGACAAGGACGUUGUCAACAGACUAUACCUGUCUUUUGUUCUUUAUGCCCUGCUCAAAGAGACCAACAUUUGGAGUGUGUCUGAAAAAUUUAAUAUGUCUCGAGGCUAUAUACAAAGCCUUCUCACUGGAGCUGCCUCGUUCUCCUCUUGUGUGCUACAUUUCUGUGAGGAACUUGAGGAGUUUUGGGUUUAUAGAGCCCUUUUGGGAGAACUCACCAAGAAGUUGACUUACUGUGUAAAGGCAGAGCUAAUUCCUCUCAUGGAAGUGACUGGAGUUUUAGAGGGUCGAGCAAAACAAUUAUACAACGCAGGCUAUAAAAGUCUGAUGCACUUAGCUAAUGCAAAUCCUGAAGUGUUAAUAAGGACAAUUGAUCAUUUAUCAAGACGCCAGGCCAAGCAAAUUGUUUCAUCAGCAAAGGGGUAAACAGAACUGCAGCAACCAUGGGAAGGAAUAAUGCGAAGAACAUCCACCCUCACCCCACACCACCCCCUUUGGAUGGGCUUCAUACUUCAUCAGAGAGGCUUCAUCGGAGAGGGUGUGGCUGUGGCUCACCAGAGAGCAGAUGAGUUCCUUGUGUCCCAGCCAAGGCUUGAAGCAGGAAGCUGCCCACCAGGAUGCUGACAGAACUGCCAGGAAGCUCCCCGGAGUGUGCUAUGGAACUUGCUUGGAAGCUAGCUUGAGUACCCAUGGAACUUGCUGGAAAGCUGUCUGCAGGGAUGCUGUUGAAACUCACUGUAAUGAGGGCCACCAGAUCAGCAUACCAGACUAGCACGGCAGGAGCCCUAAGAAAAAGACACACCAAAACCGGGAGGAGAAGCCCCUUCUCCUGCAGUGCCUCCAGUGCCCUCUACUGACCAAGCUGAAUAUUGUACCCGCUGGCAAAGGAGAAGUGUUUACAGGAUCCAGCUCUAGAGUUACCUGUCGCCAGCAGGACCAUGAGGGAUGGAUUUGGAGCUGAGAAACAAUAAAAUUAAUAACUAGUUCUCUCUUUGUUUAAAUAACUAGUACUCUUGCACAAGAUAUUCCAUGUUCAGCUUGCCUUAGUCAUGGAAUCAGCCGUUUUUCCAAAGAGUCCUAAUUCUUUUUGGUGAGGAAACCCAAGUUUGAGGGGCUAAGUAUGCUCACAAUGAGAGAGAUAUCAUUGUUUCUAGGUUCUCUUAGCAGAGAGAGCCUGUAUAAGCCUGUAUAUUUUUCUAUACUUACAUAUAAAUUCUUUUUUUUUUUUUUUUUUUUAAAGAUUUUAUUUAUUUAUUUGACAGAGAGAGACACAGUGAGAGAGGGAACACAAGCAGGGGAGUGGGAGAGGGAGAAGCAGGCUUCCCGCAGAGGAGAGAGCCCGAUAUGGGACUCGAUCCCAGGACCCUGGGACCAUGACCUGAGCCGAAGGCAGUUGCUUAACAACUGAGCCACCCAGGCGCCCUACUUACAUAUAAAUUCUUAAAGGCCAUGAACUCAUACUGAUAACUCCAAUUCUAAUUUUCCCAGGUACAUACUGCUGCAUAACAAAGUUUUACAUCAAAAUUUAGUGGUUUAAAACAGCUCUUUUAUUUUGCUUAUGUUUUUGUGGAUUAGGAAUUCUGGAAAAGUUUAGCUGUGUGAUUCUUACUUGGAGUCUCAUGCAAUUACAGUCAGAUUUUUACUGGGGCUAUAGUCAUCUGAAGGCUUGACUGAAUUGGAUACCCAAGAUGGUUCACUCACAUGAAAAUUGGCUGCUACUUAGGGCUUUCAACUGGAGCAACUACAUAUGGCCUUUCCAUGGGGCUUGGGUUUCUUAUGGCAUGGCAGCUCGGUUUCAAGAGGAAAUGUCCAAAGAGUGGACAUUUUGAGAGAUCGAGGCAGAAAAGGCAGGAAAUAUUCUGAACUAACCUCAGAAGUUAAGUAGUGCCACUUCUGCGGUAUCCUAUUGGUUACUAGAAGGCCAUUAAGAUCAGCCCAGAUCUAAAGGAAGAGGAAUUAGACCCCACCUCUACAUGAGGGGACUGCCAAAUAAUUUGCAGUCAUCUGUAAUGUCUGCUCUCUGGUCACAGAUUAUUUACAUUCCUCCCACAUGCAAAAUUACUCAUCCCUAAAAGAUUUAUCCCUUUAUGGCUUCAGACUCAGGCUCAAGGUCCAGUAUUUCUCCUAAAUCAAGCCUAGGUGGAGGUGAUGCUCCUUGAGCACAAUUUCACAAAUAUAUUCCUCUCACUCUGAAGAUCUGUGAACUAAAGAGAUACAGAUACAAUGGUGAACAGAGACAGGAUAACCACAGUAAAAUCCCAUUCAAGAAGAGGGAAUAUGUGUGUUACAUAGAAGCAAUUCUGAUAUCCAGCCAGGCAUAUGUGGCCAGUUCCUUGAUUAGGACUUAAUUCUCCCUGGGAAUGAUUCUUCCUGGCUUUGAAUUCCCUCAUCUGAAUCAUUCUUUAUUUCCCAUAAGUAGUGGCCCUUGUUUGCAGCUGGGUAGCUUUCUCAGUCUUCCCUGUCCAGAGAAGUUCAAGCAUUCAAAAGUUCUUUUUAUUUUGUACCAUCUCUGUCCCCUCUUAUUCAAUCUGGUAUAAUUUCUUUUAAAAUAUUAUGUGUUUCUCGGGGCGCCCGGGUAGCUCAGAUGGUUAAGCAUCUGCUUUCGGCUCAGGCCAUGAUCCCAGGGUCCUGGGAUCGAGUCCCGCAUCGGGCUCCCUGCUCCUUGGGAGCCUGCUUCUCCCUCUGCCUCUCUCUCUGUCUCUCAUGAAUAAAUAAAUAAAAUAUUUAAAAAAAAAUAAAAUAAAAUAAAAUAAAAUAUUAUGUGUUUCUCAUUUAUCUAUAGCUUAAGUUUCUUUUUUUUUUUUUUUUUUUUUAAGUAAGCUCUGUGCUCAGCAUGGGGCUCAAACUCAUGACCCCAAGAUCAAGAGUUGCAGGCUCUACCAACUGAGCCAGCCAGCCGUCCCUAGCUUGGGUUUCUUAUAGCAUGGUGCUGGGAUAUGCGAGGGAGCAUUCAAGAGAUCUUGGAAUGGUCUCAUUCCAAGAAACCAAUGCAAAAACUGUAGUUUCUUUUGACAGACCCCUGAAAAUCAUGCAACAUCAUUUCCACUACAUUCUGUUAGUUACCUGAAUCACAGGUUCAAGAGAAGAAUUAGAUCCCAUCCAUCAAUGUAAACAUCAAAGAGUUUCCAGUCACCUUUAAUGCAUACUGAUCCCACACUACAGGGCUCACUGUAGUCUUAGCUCUUCUCAUAUUUUUAGUUCCUUUCUCCAACAGUGAGAAACCCAGCUCCUGGCUCCUGUCUUCAUCAACAUAGUCAUCUGUUUUGCUCAAUCCUAGAAUGCACUGAAAAUAAUUUCUGAAUUGUUAAAGCAUACUAUUGCAAAAAAACUAAGGAGUUAGUAUUAUUUACAGCUCUUUUUGUCUUUAGUCUGAGAAUAUAUAAUUGAAAUAAUAUGCUCAAAUGUUACUUUUCUAAAAAAUCUGCUUCACUGUGGUUAUGUAAUUCGUUUGAAGAGCAGUUAGAGUCUGUUUGUGUUCCAUUUUAGUUCCCCCCAUCCUUACGAGUUUUUUUUAGUAUAUAAAACAUGAACAUAUUUUCUUUAUUUUAAAUUGAAAUAGUUUACUAGGAUAUCUUUAUUUUCUUUUAUUUCUGGAAUUUUCCUUGGAUUGUAGUUUUGUUUUGUUUUUUAAUAUGUUUAUGUAUUUGAGAGAGAGAGAAAGCACACACAGAUAUGCACAUGUGAGUUGGGGGUGCAGAGGGAGAGAAUCUCAAGCAGACUCCCCGCUGAGCAUGGAACCCAACCGGAGCUUGAACCCAUGACCCAUGAGAUCACAAUCUGAGCUGAAGCCAAGAGUCAGUUGCUCAACUGACCAAGCCACCCAGGCGCCCCAGAUUGUAGGUUUACAUAUUAGUUCAAUAUGAUUCACUGUUUAAUUUUUCUUUCUUAGCAACUCCAAUUAUAUGUAUGUUGAAUCUUCUUUGCCCAUCUCCCAUUUCAAUCUCUCUGGCCCUUUUUACUUCUUUCUCUCUUUCUUUCUUUCUUUCUUUCUUUCUUUCUUUCUUUCUUUCUUUCUUUCUUUCUUUCUUUCUUUGAGAGAGUACAGGUAGGGGGGCAGAGGGAGAGGGAGCAAAACUCUAAGCAGACUCUGCACUCAGCACAGAGCCCAAUGCAGAGCUUGAUCUCAGGUUCCUGAGAUCACAACCUGAGCCAGAUGCUUAACCAACUCUGCCAUCCAGCCGCCCUUUUACUUCUUUCUUUAUCUCAUUUUCAUUAUCUUGUUUUCUUGCCCCACCCCUGUUCCUGCUCCCAUUACCCUAAUUAAGUUUUAUUAUAAUCUAUUCUUCUUUGAUCACUUUGUUAGUUUUUAUUUCUAAUAUGAUUUUGCCUGUUUCUUCUAAUUCUUGCCUGAGCUUACUCAACUUUUGUUUCAUUUCUUCCUGUUCUGGGUCCAUUUCUGUUCUUAGUUUGGGACUUAUUGAGGGUGUGUUUUUCCCCCAUAUCUCCAGAUGUUUGUUUGAGAAUAUUUAAUUCAGUUUGGAAUGUUGCAUCACAACUUUUCUGCUUCGUAGUUUGCUUUCAGAAGAAUAAAUUUUUAUGAGCUGGAGAACUUUGAUUCUCAUUUUGUUUCCUUUUAUAUAGUAAUGUAGUAUAAUAAGAACUGCUUAUGCCCCUGCAUUUCUCAGACAGAGAUGGCCAUCUGGAGUGGCUGAUGAGAAUUCUAGUUCAAGAGUCUCUCUUCUGUCAGUGUUGCAAAGGAUAGUUUGGGGUGGGAGAGGAGUGCAAAUAAAAGUGUGUUCUUUGAUUUUUUUGAAUUUCCUUUUG